AUGCCUGAAACCGAUGAAAUAUUAUCAAUACCAAUCAAUGAACAUAAUAGUACACAUUUGUUACCAAUAACUACUACAUCAGCUUCAUUUAUUAGAGAUUUGAAUUCAAAUUCACAAAAUAAUUCUCCUGAUGAUUUUCAAUCUACAAUAUAUGGUACUAAUCCAUCAGUACAGAUAUCAUCAUCAUCUACUACAUCUAAUCUUCCAUCCACACUAUUAAUUGAAUCCUAUCAUUGGAAUAAAUCAAUACAAGGGAAUCCAAUUAAAUAUCUGGAAACAACUGGUAGUAGUUCCAUUUCAUUAUUAUUACCAUUUAGUCGAUAUUGUUAUAAAUUAUUAAUUCAUGCACCAUUAGGUUAUGUAAUCACUAUACUUGGACGUCAACGUUCAUCAAUUCAUAUAAAUAAUCAAUUAAUAAAAUCUAAUAAUUCAUCAAUAAAAGAUAUUCAUCAAUCAAUCAAUAUAAUAUUUGAUGAUUAUGAUUAUAUAUUAACAAAUGGUAUUACAAUAUGUCCAUUAUUAAUAAAAUAUUAUGCAAAUCAAUUUAUUCAUUGUAUGUAUAAUGUUGGACAAGCUUUAGAGGCAUUAGUACAUUUAACUGAAUUAUAUGUAUCUUACAUGACUAUUACUACUACUACUACUACCACCACCACCACCACCAACAUUCAUAGUAACAAUAAUAAUAAUAAUAGUACUGUAAUAAACAAUACAGAAUGGAAUGAAUCAGAAUUUAAAGAAAAAUUUACAAAUGCUAUAGAUCAUUUAGUUACUAAAGAAAAAGAACUUAAACAAUUAUUAUCUAUAUGGCCUAAUCAAAAAAUAAUUAAACCAACUUUAUUGUCAAUACUACAACGUUUAACUGAAAAUUCUGGAACAUCAGAUAUGAAUUAUGCAUGGCGUAUAUUACAAACAGAUUUUAUUACAAUAAAUCCAUUUCGAGUAGUUUAUAGUCAUGAAACGGUUUCGAAUCCUGCUCCUCCAGUUAUAACAAAACAAAAAUCAAAAGUACUUAGUUCACGUGGAGAGAAAACUAAUCAAUCAGUUAAAAUUAAUCCAAUUGAAGAAACAAUUAUUAAUCGUUGGAAUCAACCAAUUAUUAAUCCUGAUAUAUUAGUUGCUAUAGUACGUAUACAAUCAUUAUAUCGUGGUUAUCGUAUUCGUAAUACAAUUCGUUUAAAUCAAACAAAAUAUCUAAUAGAAACUUUAUUAUCAAUCAUUAAUUCACAGAAUAAAUCAAAUAAUGAAAAUCAUUUUAUGCAUAAAAUAUCAUUAUUAAAAAUUAAACGUUUAUCUAUGGGUUGGAUGUCUUGUUUAAAUCUAUUACAACAAGGUCAUUUACAAUUUGAAGCGGGAAAUCAAUUAAUUGAAAAAUUAAUUCUUACUAAUUCCAAAACUACAACAACAACAACAACAACAACUACUACUACUACUGAUAAUAAUAAUAAUUCUAGUAUACAAAAUAAAUUAUAUAAAGAUAUGAAUUCUUAUUUAAGUAUUAAAGAAUAUUCUGGUACUUAUUCUGAUAUCCCAUCACCUUGUCCAAUGCAUAAUACCGGGCCAGAAUUACAUAAUAUUAAUCAAUUACAUAAUUCAUUAUAUAAAGAUUGGAUUCAUUUAUUAUUUCGUGAUUGUAUUUAUUUAUCAAAAUUAUUAAAAAAUGAAAUCAUAAAUGAAGAAGAAAUUCAAUAUUCAUUUCGUUUAAAAACGACUAUACCAGAUAGUUCUAUCCUAUUGAUCAAUAACGAUAAUGGUGAAAUCAUUCAUCCAUCAAUUGAAUAUCCUUAUAGUUGGUUAAAUCUUAAAGAAAAUAAUCAUGGAUAUAGUUUAUUAGGUAUAGUAACUAAUAAUAUAACACCUAUUCCAAGUGGUAAAUGGAAUUUACAAUUAUUAGGACCAGGUAUAAUAGGUAAUGAAAAUCUUCCUAAACCAUUAAAUACAACAUUAAAUUUAUGUUCAAAUUUUCAUUCUAUUGAAUUAGAAGAUUAUUAUGAACCAAAUUCAAAAGAUCUACUAUUUCGACGUAGAAUUAUAGCUACUAAUGAUAGUUUAAUAACUGUUCAUUUACGAUUAUCUGUACCAAAUGUUUUUAUACAUUUAUGUAUUAAAAUGGGUAAUAAAGAAAUGAUCUUUGCUGAAGGUUAUGGUGGAGCAUGUAUUUUUGCUUAUAUUAUAUUAGCUGAUACAAUAAUAGAAGAGAAAAAAAAUCAAACACUUAAUUCAGGACGUCUAUUAGAAGUUAAUAAAAGUGAUAAUAUCAAAUUAAGUAUCAAAGAUGUAACUAAUUCAAAAGUUAUAUUGAAUAAAUUGAACACUACUAAAGCAUCUCCAAGAAGAUCUACAUCAGUUAAGAAAAAUACGAAACCAGGAAGUAGUUCUGGAAGUUCAACUGGUGGUAGUACAACAGGAAGUGGUCGAGGUUCUAGUAGUAAUAAUAGUGCUAAUAUAGAGCGAUCAAAUCAAUCCAAUUCCAGUUCACCACAUUCACAUAGAUUGGAUAGUCAACAACUAGAAGAAGAAAAAGAAGAAGAACGAUAUUAUUGGAUUGAAGCUUAUGUAGAUGGUAAAAAUUGGCCAUUGAGUAUAAGUAAUUGGGCAUUUUUAGAAGAACAACGUUGUAACAGACUUGAAGAAUGUCAAGUAAAUAAUACAACUUCUCGAAAUACUUCAGCUGAUAAAAGUUCCGAUAGUAGAACUAUUAAAUCAGCAACAAGAUCACCUGGUAACAAAACAAUUGGUUUAACUGGUCAAAAAUCUGGUUCUACACGUGGUACUUCAGCUAAAAUUGAUUUUAAUCAAGCUCAUUGGAAAAUGAGAAUAAUAUGUAAUAAUUCUAAUGAUAUUAAAAUCAUGAAUAUGGAUAAUAAAAUAUCAGAAAUCAAAGCUUUAAAAAGAGCUUGGGAAGAAAUGGAACCUGGUAGAGCAAUGAGAGCUGAAUUAUCAAGAGCACGUUAUCUUGAAGAAUAUGGUCUAAUGAAUAAAUUGGAUAAUAAACCUAUUGUAGAUGAAUCAGGAUCUAUGAUUACAAUUAAAUCUGAUGAUAAUCCAAUACAAACUAUUCAAGAUCAUUCAUCUAUUAUAGAUCAAACAUUAUCAGAUCCAUCAAAAAUUUAUCUUUUAAAAUUUCCACAAGAAUUAAAUCGUACAAUUAGUCAAAUGAAAUUAAUGAAUUUUAAUCAAUUUUAUCAUAAUUCAAUAGAUAUUGAAUUAAAUCGAAUUAAAGAAGUUCAAUCAAUAAUGAAUUCUUAUUCAAUAAAUCAAUGGUUUAUUAUAGAAUAUUAUUUAAAACAUAUUCAAUCAUUAUUAUUAUUACAUAAAAAAAAUUUUAAUGAAAUUUUAAAUAUAAAACAUCAAAUAUUUAUUGAUUAUUUAAAAAAUUUAAAAUUUAAAUAUUUAAAUUUCAAAAUAAAAUCUAAUCAAUAUAAACAUAAUUAUAUUGAUUUAUUAAAAACUAUUCAAUUUUUAACUGAUGAAGCACAUUAUAAAUAUUAUGAAAUGUGUAUGAAUUUAAGAAAUGAUAUAAUAAAACAAUAUAAUAAUGAUAAAGAAACAUCAUUAUCAUCAUUAUGUAAUCAAACAAUCAUUGAACAUAAUAAUAAUAAUAAUAAUAAUAAUAAUAAUACAGAACCAAUUCUAAAUCAAAUUGAAAAUGUAAAAAAAAAUGAAAGAAUAAAAUCAUCAAGAAGUUCAAAAUCUAGUUCAAAAAGUCGAUCGAAUUCAAGUAAACGAAAAAAUUGAAAAAAAAAAUGUAUUCACUUGUUUUUUUUCUUUGUUUUUCUCUCUACCGCCCCCCUCACUUCAUGCCGUCAAUAAAUUUUUGCAUGUUUAGAAAAAAUAUAUAUAAUUUGUUAGAGUCUAUAACAGAGUUAACUUGUAUAAACUUGUUAUUUUGUAGUACCUAACAGUAUGAUUAGUUAGUAUUGUUAAGAUUUCUAGUACACAGAAGAAGUUGAAAUGUUUUUUUUGCAAUAAUUUAGAUCAUGAGCCCAUUAAAGA